UCCGGCGCGCCCUCCCACCCGAGACCAAGUCCAGUCCGCGCCCACUCCCGGGUCUCCGCAGACGCCGUCGUCUCCUCUGCGCCUCGGUGCCCCACACCGGGCGGGAAGGCCGAGCACACCCCGGAGUCGCCACAAAACAGCGAGGUCCCAGGCGGCCGCGCUCGGAGCCAUCCUCGCCUCGGCCGGGCCAUGAAGGUCGAGUUUGCCCCGCUCAACAUCCCGCUGGCGCGGCGGCUGCAGACCGCGGCGGUGCUGCAGUGGGUCCUGUCUUUCCUGCUGCUCGCGCAGGUGUGCCUUGGAAUCAUUGUGCUUCUGAUCAUACAUAACUACUGGUUCCUCUAUAUCCCUUAUUUGACCUGGCUUUAUUUUGACUGGCAAACCCCAGAGCAAGGAGGCAGGAGAUCAGACUGGGUCAGAAGCUGGACCAUUUGGAGGUACUUUAAAGACUAUUUUCCAAUUCAGCUCGUCAAAACUUGGGACUUGGAUCCAAGUCACAACUACAUAUUUGGGUUUCACCCCCAUGGAGUGCUGGUCGUUGGCGCCUUUGGAAACUUUUGUACAAAUUACUCGGAAUUCAAGGAACUGUUUCCUGGCUUUACCGCCUAUCUCCACGUGCUUCCAUUUUGGUUCCGGUGCCCUUUCUUCCGAGAAUAUCUGAUGAGUAGUGGGCCAGUCUCAGUUUCUAAGAAAAGCGUGUCCCACGUGCUACGAAAGGAAGGAGGUGGGAACAUUUCUGUCAUCGUGCUUGGGGGAGCAGAAGAAUCCCUGGAUGCCCAUCCCGGAAAGUUCACUCUGUUCAUCCGCCAGCGGAAGGGAUUUGUGAAAAUGGCCUUGACCCAUGGUGCUUAUUUGGUGCCCGUGUUUUCUUUUGGUGAAAAUGAGCUGUUUAAACAAAUUAGCAACCCUGAAGGCUCCUGGCUUCGAACUGUGCAGGAGAAACUACAGAAGAUCAUGGGGUUUGCUUUGCCACUGUUCCAUGCCAGAGGAAUUUUUCAAUACAAUUUUGGCCUGAUGCCCUAUAGGAAACCCAUCCAUACUGUUGUGGGCCGCCCCAUCCCAGUUCCUCAGACCCUGCACCCAACCUCAGAGCAGAUUGAAGAGUUGCAUCAGACCUACAUGGAGGAGCUAAGGAAAUUAUUUGAGGCGCACAAAGGGAAAUACGGUAUUCCAGAGCAUGAAACUCUCAUUUUUAGAUAACUCUCCUCUUAGACGCAUACAAGAGGGCUAGAGAACAUCGCGUUGCAAGAACAAAUAAUUUAAAUAAGUUACUUUUUUUCUUUGACUGUGGAAUCAGAUUUGUAACUGAGAGGUAUUUUGUAUGGUGGCAGAUGUUGGUUUUUGUCUGUGGUAACUAAAAAUCUGGUGGGCGACUGUAUGGUAAAGUUGGAGAUGAUUACAGCCUUUUCAAAAGUCUUCUUUCUGGAGGAAGAUAAAACUUGUUUUACAAGUUAAGAAAAGGCUUAUAAUUAUACAUAUGCUUUAAAAAAUGGCAGCUUCAAAAAAGAAUUAGACUCUUUUACUAAAUAUCACAAUAAUUUAAUGUGGUUUUGCUGAGUACGACAGCUGUUGUUUAGCACAGCUGGAACAUUUACGAAACAGUAUGUAAAAUAAUUUGCCAUGUAGAGCUAGAGGCAUUUUUUUUUUUUUUUCUUUUCCUGCUUGCACAGUCCACUCGUUAGCCAGUAAUAUGACUUUAAGACUUAGUUCAUUUGGUCCUUUAGGUCAUAGCAACCAAUGCAUUUUACACAAUAUUAAAGAGGGUUUUUUUUUGCCAUUUUGGAAAUGGACUGAAUCUACCAUAUGGAGACCCAUGUGGAGAAGAAUAUGUCUUCUCUCUUCUAAUCAUAUUUAGAAAUACUCAUCCGUGUCAUUUUCUUAGAAAUACAUUCACUUACUACAGGCAAAGAGGUCUCUUGGAGGACAUACUUUUGACAUGUUUUAAGACUUUUUGUAAUUCCAAAAGAUUUUCACGGUAAUGGAAGUGGUCUUAAUUUUCUUCCCUUAAGGCCUCUUCUGGUAAGGUGAGCUCUGAAAGAAAGUGCCCUCUCUAGGGACAGGUGACUGGUUCAUAGCUGACACAGGUUACAUGAUUCUCCUGGGAACCAGAACGUUAGGUCCAAGAGAGCGUGAGCCUUCCCUUCUGUUCCCUGAUGUCCCCCAGGGCCUGGGUCAGCUCAUGAUGCUUGGUAGGCAUGAAAUAAGUCCUUGUUUCAUGAAUGUAUUCCUAGGUGAACACAUAAGCUUUGCCAGAAGGUGAUGUGUCUUUAAAGCUAUGCUAUAGGAUGCCACCAAUUCUAGGAAAAGACCCAUUUUCAGGAGAUAAUUUGCUAGGGCUGAUGGUCCCAUGCCAGUACUUGACAAUGCCGCAGGUUAGUUUCUCAGGAGCAAGUCAGAAGGAGGUUGCUGAGACUCAGUCUCUAAGCCUUAGGUAAUUAAUUAUUCAAUAAGUAAGAGAAUGUCUAGUUUCCCAAUCAUCUCCACCGCUGCCUGUUACCUCUCACCUCCUCCAUUCUCCAUAUCUGGGGGCAACUACCUUCAGUUGUUAUAACUUAUUGGUAAUAUGUGUUAAAGCCACUGAUUUUUAAAACAUCAAGCCAUGGGCUAGAGCGCAAAUAGGGUUUAGCAACAGUAAAACAGACUCAUGCUGGGUAACGUCUUGAGUAGAAAAGGAUUUCACACACAAAAAAGUGAACCUUCUCAAUUGUUCCAUAUAGGACUUUUUGGCCAGCAUCCCUCUGGCUUCAUGUGGUAGAGCAGUCCAGGAGUCCAUUGACCCAUGGCCUUAAAAAGACAUCAAAUUUUUUUUUUUUUUUUUUUUUGUCAAAGCAGGAAAUAGGACACAUUUUGGUAGAUGUGGCUAAUUUGACUAUAAAUCCUUUGGAGUAUUACUCAAUACCAAACAAAUGUAAAAGAAGCUCCACUUACAUAAAAUUACACCCUAGCUGGUCACAAGUCAGUAUUUCAGAAGACUCUGUGGCCCAGAUAACCACAGCAACUAAAGGCCUUUAUAUUAUUAUAAAACCCAUGAUUUUCAUUCCUUUGGAGCAGUUUAUGAAAAUCUCAUGACACAGUCUUUUCGCAGUUUCGCAAAGGUAUGUAUGACUUUUAAUCUCACACUCAGUACUGUCAGGGCCUGACUGACCACUAACUUCCACUGCAUCACCUAGAAAACAGUGAAAGCCCAUAUAGGGUAAAGCAGAGGCACUGAAAAAUGCGAAAAGUUCUGCUCUGAUGAAUUUAUCUAGAAUUUUGCCAUUGCAAAAUCUAGACAUCAGCAACUUUAAUUCUUGGCCUGCACAAAAUCUUAUUUUUAAGUACGUAUUAGGGAGUUUACCUCUUCCUUUCUUAGGGUCUCCAAAGGUCUAAAUCCAGCCAGGCCAGAACUCCUUUCAUACAUUUUUUUUCUUUUUUUUGUAUCUUCUAGGGCUGCACC